UGUGAGUACCCCGAGGCGUAUACCCUUUCCUCCACUGCCAUUGGUGGAAGCCGAGUUGAAAAGAAUGAAAGACGAAGGGAUCAUUGAAGAGGUGACAGAGCCAACUGAGUGGUGUGCCCCUAUCGUCCCAGUCCCAAUGAAGAAUGGUCAAGUACGAAUUUGUGUUGAUUUGAAGAAACUAAACGAGGCUGUUAAACGCGAAAGAUAUGUUUUGCCCAGUUUAGAUGAUAUUGCGCCUUCACUUGAUGGAUCCGAAGUGUUCUCAAAAUUAGAUGCUGCUAGUGGAUUUUGGCAGAUCCCUUUACAUCCUGAAAGCUCUAAAUUGACGACCUUCAUUACCCCGUUUGGUCGAUUCCGUUUUCGAAGACUGCCCUUUGGGAUAUCCUCCGCUCCGGAAAUUUUCCAAAGAUUGAUGACCGAUCUACUUCAGGGGAAACCUGGUACCAAAGUGAUUAUGGAUGACAUUUUGGUAUAUGGGAAAUCGGUUGAGGAACAUGAAUCUAAUUUGGAAGAAGUCCUGAAUACCGUACAAAGUUCUGGACUCAAGUUGAACAAAUCGAAAUGCGAAUUCCGCAAAGAAGAACUGGGAUAUUUUGGUCAUCGCGUGGGUAAAAAUGGCGUUAAACCCGACCCUGAAAAAGUGCGAGCCAUCGUCGAGUUAUCGCCUCCAACCAGUGUGUCUGAAUUACGAAGAUUGUUGGGUAUGAUCAACUACUUGGGGAAGUUUUUGCCAGAUCUGUCGACGGUAUUACAGCCUUUAAAUGAUCUUCUAAAAGGAAGUUCCACAUGGGUUUGGGGCCCGUCCCAAGCAGAAACUUUCGAGAAGGUGAAGCAGCUGAUAUCUUCUGCUCCGGCGUUAGCAUUUUACAACCCGAAUCGUAAGACGGUAGUCAGUUCUGAUGCCAGUAGUUACGGACUCGGUGGUGUGUUACUUCAAGAAGGAGAUGAUAAAUCUUUACGACCGGUUGCAUUUUGUUCUCGGACUUUAACACAAACGGAACAGAAUUACGCGCAAAUUGAGAAGGAAUGCCUUGCAGCAGUUUGGACCUGUGAGAAGUUCUAUCGUUAUUUGUCUGGCCUUCCCGUAUUUGAAUUGCGAACAGACCAUAAGCCUCUCGUACCGUUGAUAAAUCAGCAAACCCUAGACAAAGUUCCGAUCCGUUGUCAACGCCUAUUGAUGCGUCUGCGUAGAUUUAACGUCAUCUCUGUUCACAUUCCUGGGAAAGAUCUUGUUCUUGCCGAUGCUCUGUCUCGAAGUCCGUUGAUCUCCAAUACCAAUGUCAGCGACAACCUUGAUGAUGAAGUUCAAAUGUUCCUAAACGUAGUUGAGUCGAGUAGACCAGCGUCGAAAGAGAAGAUUCAGUUAAUAGAGAACGCAACUAAAGAAGAUCAAGUGCUUCAAAAAGUAACCAAGUUAGUUCUAAGUGGCUGGCCAAAGUAUCAGACGCAGGUUCCUGAAGAAGUACGAUGUUUCUUUCCUUAUCGUGGUGAACUUUCGUGCGUCGAAGGGAAAUUAAUUUAUCGUGAUCAAAUAGUCAUUCCAGCGUCAAUGAGAAUGGAAAUGCUUCAGAGGAUUCAUGAUGGUCAUCUUGGGGUGACGAAAUGCUUGGCACGUGCGAAUUCCUCUGUUUGGUGGCCUGGUAUUUCCAAGGACAUUAAAGAGGAGGUUUCACGUUGUGAGUUUUGCCAAAUUAACCAACCAUCACAAAGAAGAGAGCCAUUGAAACCAACACCGUUACCCGAGCGUCCUUGGCAGAAAGUAGCGGUCGAUGCACUUGAAUUAGAUGGAAAGAAGUAUUUGGUCGUAGUAGAUUAUUACUCCCGGUAUCUUGAGCUUGUUUAUGUACCAGAUUUAACAAGCAGGACGGUGAUAGCUAAGUUGAAGAGCAUUUUCGCAAGAUGGGGAGUUCCUGAAAUCCUAAUAAGUGACAAUGGUCCACCAUUUUUCUCAGAGGAUUUUAGAUCGUUUAGCGUUCAGUAUGGGUUUCUCCAUGUUUCGUCUAGUCCACAUUAUCCGCAGGCAAACGGAGAAGCGGAAAGUGCUGUCAAGAUAGCCAAGAGAAUCUUGAAGCAAACGGAUCCGUUCCUUGCGUUGAUGGUGUAUCGAGCAACGCCAAUUCCAGCGACAGGUGUAAGUCCUAGUCAAUUGAUCAUGGGAAGACAGAUUCGCACAACUAUUCCAACACUUAGUCGUAAUCUGUUACCAGCCUGGCCAGAUCUUCCGACUGAACGCGAAGUAGACAAGGAAUCGAAAGAAAGAUAUAGUCAUGCUUAUAACAAGAGGCAUGGUGUGAAGUCCUUAUCUGAUUUGGAACCAGGUCAAACUGUUCGGGUGAAAACCGAUAAUCAGAAGAAAUGGAGCCCUGUUGGAGUUGUCAGUGGAUAUGGAUCUACACCAAGAUCAUACAUUGUGGACACUCCAGAGGGGAAAAAGAUGCGGAGAAAUAGACGACAUCUUCAAGCUGUUCCUAAAGCAGUUUCUGACGACAUUCUUGAAGACGACAUUUUUCAAGCGAUUCCUGAAGUUGUUCCUGAGAUCAAUCCAGAAACAAGCGAAUUGUCAAGAAGAGUGGCAGAUCGAAGAAAUCCAGAAAGAACGUUACAGAAUACGCCAAGCCAUACCUCAAGCGGACGUGUUAGAAGGAAACCAAAACGGUACAUUGAGGAAUAUUGACAAUUUUCCAGAGAUAUUGAAACAUAUUUAAUUAACUAUUAUAUUUGAUAAUAAUGACGUUGGACAUAUGUAUAUAUAUAUAUAUAUAUAUAUAUAUAUAUAUAUAUAUAUAUAUAUAUAUAUAUAUAUAUAUAUAUAUAUAUAUAUAUAUAUAUAUAUAUAUAUAUAUAUAAAUAUAUAUAAAAAUAUAAAUAUUUGUGUUAUGAACCUUUAGGUUAGAGACUUUAGUAGUUAUUUAUUAGAAUCGUAGAUACAGAGGACAAAGUACAAAAAGAACACAAAAAAAUAUAUAUUACUUUCUUUAAGGAGGGAGAUGUUAUAAUUAGAAUAUUGUAAUUCAGUAAAUAGUAAUUAGCAAUGCAGACUGUGGGCGUACCACAGGUAUAUAAUAGCUUGUGUACUUAGGAAUAGGGUUUUCAGUUUAAUAAAGUAUAUAUACGAACGGGUUCAUGUUUCAAAACAGUGCAUUACCAGAAUACCUGUACACAAAUUAAUAUUUUGCACAUAUUAUAUAAUAAUGCAAUCCAAUAUUAAGCCCCCAGUAACCUUACAAACAGGCCUCCCUUCCAAAAAUCAGAUUUCCCUUCCAAAAAUAAGCUCUCCCUGUUAAGGCUGCUUCGUACCCAGGCAUCUCUUUGUAAAAAAACAGUGAUGCGCAUAUGAUGAGUUUACAUGAAGUAUUGUAGUGGGGAGAGAUGGGCGAAGGGGCUAAUGGGAAGAGUGCACUUGACCAUACUUGACAGCCCCUUCGCGUGUCGCAUGCCUGAAUACUUCAUGUAUAAUUAUUUAAAGCGCCUGGGUACGAGGCAGUUUCAGGGCUAGUUUGUCAUUUGCCUCACAGGAGUCGGGCUAACCUGGCAAGUGUUGGCCAGAAAUUUGUGUGAAAUGCUGGUUAAUUUGUUAAUGGCAACUGCUUCAGAAGGCUUAUAUUAAACAAUUUCUUACUUACUUGGGCCAAAUUGUGUAUUAUAACAUGAUUUUUAGUCGAGUGAGCUGGCCGGUUGGCCAUCUUAUGACCUUUAUUAGUGUGAGACUCCCAAUGCAGCAUAUCAACUUGCUCAAGCAGAUGCUGGGCCAAUAAAUUUAACCAGGCUGUUCCAUGUGAAUGCAAUCUCAAACAUAUAUAAAAUUAAUAUACGAGGCAGUAUCUUACCAUGAGCAGGUGUAUAUUUAGCCCAUAUAAAUGGACAAGACCAGCUAGCUUGGUGUGAUAUUAUACUACUGACAAUACCUGGCUGAUUCUACAAGCUAGAGUAUGGCUUAAAAUGUUCCAAUUGUAGUUUCAGGAUCUGUUAAGGGUCUGUUGAUAUGGGACCCUAAAGGCAAGUUCAUGUUGCCAGGUUGUGGGAUAGAAUGUUUACUGUAAAUGGUGAAUUUCUUGGCUUGCAUAGUUGGCAUUCCGGCAACGGAUACCUCGUGCUUAGCCAGGAUAGUAGCAGGAUAGUAUAUCGACAAUACUGGCAAAUGUUGUCUCCUGCCCAGCCAGGUCAUAAGAACAGGCCCCAUUUGUGACUAGUGGGCCAGAUUAAGGAUGAAACAAAUGAGGGUCCUAUGGCUAUGCUAUGACUACUGUAUAUGUCCAUAAAUUUUGAUAUCAGAACAAAAUUUCGAUAUCUGUCCCAAAGUUAUCCAUCUUCCUUAAGUUUAGGACUCUGAGACCAAUGAAUAUAUUGUCAUUCAAAGAUUAAAAAGAAUGAAGACAAGUGUUAUGGUCAAACAAACGAAAAUAUUCAUGUCCACAGGCUGCAACACGCAAUGUUGACACAUUAUUCUGAAGUCGACAAAAUGUCGAAAUCGACGAAAAACGAGCCAAAAAACAGUUCUUGAGCUAAUCAAUUAAAUAAAUACUUGGCAUACGUUUGAAGGUCCAUAGUCCAAAAUAUUUGAUGAGUUUCUUUAGCCCAUUUAUAACAACACAAUUUUAAAAAUUCCCUGUAUUUAGAUACGAACCAUGUUGAUCGCUACGCUGUUUAGCAAGAAAUCGACAUGUCAACUUGUCCCGGCCCGGAAGUGUCCUGUUUAGUUGUUACACAGGAUAUUAAUAAGUUAAUGUGAAAAUAUGAAGAUAAAAGUAUCUUUUAAAAAAUAAAACCUCUCAAACCUCGAUUUGAAAGGCUUUUAAAAACGCUAAUCCGUUCGGAACCUACAAAUUCGAGGGGUGGUAUUUAAACUUGCGCAAGGCAAAGUUUGAAUACCCAUAUCUUCGCAAUCACGCAAUUAAUCAAAAAUCGCCACGAGGAAGUUGAGGAGAAUUCUUUUAAGAACAACAUAUAUCAAUUUCAUGGAAAAAAACAAAAAAACCGCUUGCAGAAAAGCUCUGAAGUAACCCCAUACGUUUGUUAACAAAUUUCAUGUGAUGAAGCGUUUUACGCAUUCUGAUUGGCUUAGUACAAAAAUGUAAACGAAAGCGCUGAUUGGUCGAGAACGAGAUUCCCCCUUGUUGUUUGACAUGAAAAUAUGUUUGAGAGAGAAUACCCAACUUCAAACUUCAAAGUAUACGAUUUUAUAAAAAAUAUUUGAUUCUUGACUUGACUGUUGAUAAAAUACUAGAGUGCAUGUUUUUGUAAUUUAAAAGCAAACAGAAGUAAGUAUAGGAGUUAGCGGGCGCUUCGAACUAUGUAUCGUAAAAUCCCACUCUUAGACCUAAGUAAUUGAAAUUUGACAUUUUUUGUGGAAGCAUGUAAUUUGAUACUUUGCCACUCCCCCAUGGGCAAUUAAUUUUUGUAGAGUCACGUGACUGGACAAUACCAGGGGUUUCCUAAAAAGACCCUGGGUGCGAGGAUGUGAAUGAAUUAGAAAGUUCGGAAAAGCACAAUUCAAUUCAAUGUUUUUAAUGUUAUUUUGGGCUUUGACUCGUCUUAUAAAAUGUCACCAUAUAUGUUUUGAACACUUUUUGAAACAUGACGAAUAAACAGAUGUAGUACUGAAGAAAUGCAACUAUUUGCAUUUAGUUGCAAACUACGUAUUACGAAAACCGCGGAUCCUUCCUAAACAUUCAGGAAUGUGACCACAUUCUAUACAUAGUGAAAUCGACAUGAUGGGAAUGGUGUGCGAGAAUUUAUGUUGACAUAUAUACAGUACUAGGUAAAAACAGUUUCAGAUUUUAACAAUUAUAAUCGGUACUGGAAUGUAGUCGCAUUCCUGAAUGUUUUGACACAAAAACAUGACACUUUUGAGGGGCAAGACGAAGCACCCACAUGUUUCAUAAUAUAAACCCAACUACAGUGUUGUACAUCUCUGCAUGAAACAGUUAAUAGAGAGCUGACGUCUACAUUGUAGAUCUUAAGCUAUCAAAUAUUGUAUAUCGAGCGAUUUUGUAAGUUUUGAGCGAGACACUAUCAAGCGAGAAUUAUCACACCUAUCAAGAAAGCUGCAAGUUGCAAGAAGGUGAAUGAUUGCAAGAAGGCGAAUGACAAUCUUUAAUUUGAAUAAUCUUUCAUUGUUGACAAUUGAACAGACUGUGCAUCCUAGCAAUAUCAUUGUUGAGAUAUCCAACUCACAGUAGAUUAUUGUACUCUUUAGGCUGGUCAUUUUAAAGUUGCUGGUGAUGAUAAACUGAGUAAAAGAGUGUAUGUUAAUUUUAGUUUAUAUUAGUUAAUAACUGCAACAGCAGUAGCAAUUAUAUAUUGGUUCACGCACCACUGGUGCAAUAAAUCACAAUUUGUAGUUGUACAUCACUGGUUAACACAGGUUUGGUGGUGUAUCUACUGCAUAGGCAUUUUACUGUAUUCCAGCUGCAACGUGUCCUGCCGUUCACUGUAUCAGUCACGUCAUGAAUCCAGUUCGCUGUAUCAGUCAUUUAUGCAUCAGAUUGUGCUCAAAUUAACGUUUGCAUGGAAGGCAAGAUAAAUUAAAUGAUUUUCAAUUACUAGGAUAAAGAAGGCAAGAAGACGUGUUCCAGGAAGUGAAUCUGUAAGAAUCUUAAAAAUGUGUUUGAAUGUCACAAUAUCCUUAAUUAGGUCAAUAUUUUCAAUGCAGAUUGACAGGCUGAGGGAUUACUAACUUCCCCACAAAAUUUACUUGUAUUUUUCAGGGAGUUGAAUCCCUAUCAAUCCCCAGUUUUCCGGUGUUUUUGUCACUACCUACACUGGCACAGACAGUGAUCAAUUAUCGGACGAGGUUGAGCAAAAUAUCGUGAUUUGUCGGUGGCGAGCAGAUCAAUUAUUUGCCGAUGCCGAAGGGAGAGGCAAAUAAUUAAUCUGCGAGCCGCCGACAAAUCACUAUAUUUUGCGAGAACCAAGUUCAAUAAUUGUUUUAUCGUUCACUUAUAAAGCUUCAUUUUAUCUUUCGUUCACUAUAUAAGUUUGCCGUCUUUCUUGCUUCUGCAUAAAAACUUGCGAAGGUCAUUGGCAAGAGUUUCUUUUGAGCCAACUAGAUCGUCUUCGUUGAUUUAUCUUGCUUCUAAAUGCUGGCAAAAGACGUUGACGGUGGUUUUAGUCGCUUUUUUAUUUUCCGCGUUUUUUUCUUCAAGUAAGCAAGACAACUCAUUUUCCGAAAGUUCAGCAAAGCGAGCCGCCAUUGUUUGCAAAAAUUGAAGGCAGUGCGCAUGCUCAGACUAUUAUUUGUAACUGAGCCGUUGCUCAGACUAUUACUCAUUUUAACAAAUGCGCAUGCUCAGACUAUUAUUUGCACGCAGUUAUUUGCAGGUAAAUUAACCAAUCAAAAUUGAGAAUACUAUAAAGUGAAUGAUAAUUUGACUUAUUUGCAAUGUAGCCUAUAGAGUUUUUUUUACAAGUAGAGAAAAAGUUCUAUAAUUAUAAUUAGUCACUGUAUAAUGUUAUGCAUGGUGCUAGUUUUAUAGCUGCCAUGUCCAGACUGCGUUUUUUUUUAUUUACUGUGUUGUAUUUUGUAUAUACACUCAAUACAUUAAUUUAUCUCUCAUCUUAGACAAACACUUUUAAAGGUUUCCAAGGAUUUGGCAUUCCGCAAAAUUCGUCUACACCUAUGGUCAAUAAUGCAUCAAAUACUUUUACUGGAUUUAAAGGCUUUGGAAAUCAGAGCGAGAAAAAAGGUAGUCAUACCGCAUUAUGUUUGUCUCGUUAUUCUCUGGAGACACAUUGGGAUUAUGACAUGAUAUCUAAUUUUAUUGCAUAUUUAAUUUAAUAAAGGGAGAUGUGCAGUAAAACUUAAUUGUUUAAUAGAACAUGCAUGACAACCGAAAACAUUUAUUGUUUCAUUUGAAAGAACAUUUAAAACUAUCUAUAAAAUAACAAUAUGAAAUUGGUCGAAGACCCGUACUCAGGAAAUAAAAUAACAACAUAAAACGCUCACUGAGUUUCCAGCGAUAUACAUACCCUUUUCUAGAUAUAUACCUAAUAAUAAUAAACGAACGAACGAAUGUAUUCCUUCCACUCGUGAGCUCAUUUACCAUUGUCACAUAUAGUAAAUGUCCAGGCCUUCUUUCCUUUUAAGUGCCCAUCCAGGGUCACAAGGCCUGGACAUUUACUAUAUGUGACAAUGGUAAAUGAGCUCACGAGUGGAAGGAAUACAUUCGUUCGUUCGUUUAUUAUUAUUAGGUAUAUAUCUAGAAAAGGGUAUGUAUAUCGCUGGAAACUCAGUGAGCGUUUUAUGUUGUUAUCUAUAAAAUCUUGUUACAGAAUUUUUAUAUCCAGCUUAACACUUGAAAUCUUUUGACUGAAGGCAAUAAACCGUCCGCCACCUUGGGUUAAUUCUUAACUCAUUAACUAUCGUUUUGAUGACGUCAGGAGUAGGGUUAGCCUUAUUCUUGGGUUUCAUAUGACGUCACAGAAGUGACGGAUGGUCAACUCUAAAACAAAACACAGUUAUCAGAGUGAGUCGAUUGUUCGUUUUAUGUAUUAAGCCGGUUUUCCACUUCAAGCGUACCGUACCGAAACGUAUCAAAAACUUUUUAAAUUUGAAAAUUUCGUGAUUGUUGAUUGGUUAGUACUUCCGUAGUACGCCAAAAAGUUGACUUGCGACGAACUUUUUAUUUUGAUACGCGAAUACACCCGGAAGUACGUGGAUUUAUAAACCUUUUCUCAGUCUGCGCAUGCUCACCAGUACGUUUCGAUACGAUAUGGGCGAAGUGGAAAACCGGCUUUAGCCUUGUGUUUGGUGGCAAAUACAUGAAAUUUCGUAUCAUUUUCUCACUCCAGUACAGCAUAAGCAUCAAUACAUUUGAGGUUGACCCCGUCAGAUUUACUGCAUAAUGCCGUCCAGGUGAAACCCAAGAACACAAUUACUUCGAUCUAAGAUACCUGUACAAUCAAAUAACAACCAAAAACAAGUUUCUGGUUCAUGUUGAUGAUUUGCUGUCAAGAUAAAAUACUUGCGUGAUCCCACAUAUCCUCAAUAAUUCAAGAUGGCGGACAGCUCAGUGCUUUCAGUCAAAAUAUUUCGAGAAUCGAGGAAGAUAUGAAAAAUCUGUAGCAAUAUUUUAUAGAUAAUUUUAAAGUUAACGUUCUUUCAAAUGAGACAAUAAAAUUUUUUAUGCCAUUGUCCUUUCACAAAACAUUGUUAUUCCUUUGGAUGGCGUUCCUCUGAAUUUAUGAAAAGAAAAUUUGUCAACUGAUACAGCUAUCCAGUACAAAUAAAAUUAGACCGCUUAUGUUUGAAUUUCCCCGCCAACAACACUAGACAAUAAGACCAGCAAUAGACGGUAACAUAAUAAUAAUAAUAUAAUCGUUCUUUAAAACGCAUUAUACAGAAGUCUCACAAUAAGAAUAUAAGAACAGUUAGUCAUGCCCUUGAAAAUUGUCUUUUACAGAAAUCAGAAAUGAACAAACUAGUAAUUCAAGUGUGAAAACAGCAAAUUCAGAUUCUGCUUAUAUGACUCAACUCAAGAGACUAAAUCAAGAAGUAUGUGAAUGGAUAAAAAAACAUAUCAAUGAAAAUCCUUAUGUUGAUCUAUCACCAAUCUUUAAAGAUUAUGAGAAACACUUGUUAAAUCUUGAGAAGAAAUUUCCUGCUGUGAAUAAACCUGCUGGUGUGAAUGAGGUUGCGUCGACGAAAGUGACAACUGUAUUAACUGCGAAUGUACAGGCUGUUCGUGGUCUUUCAUCUUCUGUUGGCAUGCCCACUUUGAAUGGAAGUAAGUUCUGGAGUCGUUGUGUUAUUAAGCGUGUUUCACAUUAGCAGUUUUGUUGGUAAUUUUCUCAUCUGCAUAGCGGAACGAGUGGACGAACACGCACACCAAAGUAUAGAAUUGGUUUUCGUAAACGUGCCUGUUGCAGCUCAUUCAAUCACAGCCGCCAGAAGGAGAAAAGCCGCCAACACAAUAGACCUUAUGCAUAAUGACGUCACAAGGCUUGAUGCCCGAGAAGAAUGCUGGUCUUAGUAGUCAAUCGCCCAGGAAAAUUUCGAUGGUGGCCAUUUUGAAUUGUUUAAUUUUCCCUGGCGAUGACUACUAAGACCAGCAUUCCUCGCUUGCAUCAAGCCUUGUGACGUCAUUAUGCAUAAGGUUAUUGCUAUAGACGGUGUGAGACCGGCCUCGCAAAACCAACAAUUUUCGCAGGGAGACGCCCUUGGACAUGUGGGUGAUACCUUCCGACCCACAUGCAUAGCCGCCUACUUCCUUCAAAAAACCUCCAAAUUCUAUUGGAAACCCUGAUCCCAGAAUGGUAGUCCUUACAGCCAAACGUACCAUCACGGUAGCUGGAAAUAAGAUAACAGCCCAAUGAUUGAGUUUAGCAACGUUUCUCGCUGUGAAAACUAAGGUUCCUUCCUAAAUUACAAUAUUACUGUACAUCUGUGAAAUAUCUUUCCGCUAAGCUAUAAUUGUAAGAAAAGACGACAAAAUUAUAAGUCCGUCAAGAUGUUCAGUGUUUUAAAUGAUUUUGUUCCCACAUACAGCACAGUACCUUUAAAAAAUACGUACACUAUGGUUGUCCUUGCCUAAACCGAAGACUGAAUUUGUGGGGAAUGAAUUCCUAUGAGUAUUGAGUACAUAUAUUCGCUGGAUCCAAAUUAUGGACCGGCGUAGCUGAUUUGAAACUUUCAUGCACAUUCUCAUCUUUUACAAGGGGUUUAGCAAAACUUUCUUUUAACCAUUGAUCAUGAGACAUAUAUAAUUUUAUCUUACAAGUAAUUAUUAACUUUGUAAAUAUUUGUAUAUAAACCUUCAGCUUUUGUACUGUAAAUUGAUUGAGUACCGAAUUCAAAUAAUUUUUAGCAAUAUCAACAUGCGACUUUAAAUCUUGCAGAUACUUGUUUGAAUUCGAGUCAACCUGACGUUGUUAAAUCUUCUGGUACAGAGGCAGAUGAUGCACCGAAAACACAAAGUCAAGUUAAAAGGUACGAACAAAUUUCCACCCGAUAUAAAUACGGUAAACAUAUGGUUAUACAGUAUAUUAUACUAAUAAUGAAUGUUUAUGAGUGCAAUGGUAAGAAUAUUUUCAUGAGGUGAAAGAUGGAAUCCAUUCAACGAGGCGACAGCCGAGUUGAAUGGAACAUUCCAUCUUUCACCGAAUGAAAAUAUUCUUACCGUUGCACUCAUAAAAACAUUCAUUAUUUGUUUUAUAUAAUACCAAAAUAGACUAAUAUUAAAAGGUUUACUGUAAGCUUUCGCCAUUUUGACGAGUUGUAUUUGCAUUAAAUCCCAUUUACUGAGUUUCGAAUAUCGGGUUAAAAUAAAUUGCGAUCACCGUACGAGAAGCAUUUUGACGGAUGCGAUUUAUCGAAAACACAAAGAGUGCAAUGGAAUAAAACGUAUAGUACAAUUGCACUCGCAAUGAGUGCAAUGGAACGUAUUCCAUUGCACUCUUGGGAAAUGGAAUUUUCUAUUCAAUAUCACGUGACCAUAUAAACAGCCAAUUAAACGAUCAGAAUUCAAUAAGGUAUUAUAUAAAAUAUAAUAUAAUACAUGCUUUGGAGGCUCAAUGCAUGGGGAGUACAUUGUAACUUUUGUCUUGGUUCAUGCAAUCAUUUUUUCGUUGUUCUUCACGUGUGUAUUGUUUUUUCGCCCAACUAACGCAAUGUUUUGGUUUAGUUAUCUAUCGGUGACUUGAACACUUGGUUAGUUUAAAGUUGAUUGAGUGAAAAUACAAUAAACGUUAAUAUUCUGUGACGAACAAAGACUACAUUUUUUACAUAAACCUUGACAAAUAUACUGUGAUAAGUUCCAUUGAGCCUUCAAACCUGGUAUAACUGUGAUAAAACACUAGAAGCUGUUUAUUAUCUGAUUUCCAAAAAGACAAUAGCCGAAUUGUUUGAAGAUGUCAAUAGAUAGAUUUUUGAAAACACGACGCGACGUCUAUUAAAGAGGACUUGAAAAUGACGUGUGCACCUCGCGUUCACUUCCGGGUUUUAAUCUGAGACGGCAUUUUGUCUUUUUCGAAGCAAUUUUUUGUUUUCGUGUUACCUGCUCAUUCCUGUAUUGUCUUCAAUCAAUUGUCAAGAUAUGUGCAAGAAAAGGCUGUAUAAUACUACUGACCAUGCAAGAGUUUCCUGAUGAAUUUGUAUGAACAUUCAAUACGUUUUUUUAGAAAAAAAACGUAUAUUUCGGUAUUUUGAAAUGUCAAUUUUGUUCCAUUAUUUGGAAUAAAUACAAAAGCUGUUUACGAUCUAAAUGCUUUAGUUUGUGGCCUAUUCAGUCGAGUUUUGUCAACUGUUCAGUAUAAAUAUUGCAUCAAUGUUUAUAUUGGUAAAAUUUAAUGCUGUUUACGAUAGUUUUUCACUCUGGAAAGCGUUUUUUACUUGUGCUACUUUUUCGCACUGUUGUGAUAGUAAAUGAAAAUUGAUUGAGUUUUACUGCUUUAAGUGCUUUUAUUCUUCUAUCUUCCCAAGUUUUCCUGAUUUUAAACACUUGUUAUUAUAAUUUCAGUUUGGUUUGUUCUAAAAUGUUUGUUUUGGUAAAGAAUACUUUACAAAACAUUGUUAAUAAGUGGUUAUUAACAAUGUUUUGUUGAUUUGUUCUGGCCACGAAAGUUUUGUCGAAAAUCAACACGUUCAAAAUUUAGCGAAAUACAAAAAAAGAACCUUGUCAAUAAAAAAAUAUUUAUUAACUAGAAUCAUUAAGGUGGCUCGCUACAGUUUAUAGAAAUGUUGAAAAUGCGUAAACUAGAUCACCUUUUUGAAGAGAUGAUGCUCUUUACAAAUCGAAAUUUGUAUAUUAUAUAUACAGCGACAAUCAAACAGUCGAAAAUUGCUCGGAAAAGUGACGUCACCACUGUUGCUAUGGCAACAAUGACGAUUCAAGAUGGCCGAUAUUUUGGCUUUGAACGCAUUUUACUUUAAAAAAAGGUCGGUUACCCCCAUUUUUUAUUCCCGAAAACAUUUUCUUAUAGUACAAUACACUAUCUGACCAAUUUUAACAAAAUUCUGUAAUGCCAAAUUUUUUAAAAAUUUAUAAACAUAGUUUUUCGAAAUAAAUUUUUUUUUGCAUUACAGAAUUUUUUUUAAAUCGGUCAGAUAGUGCAUUGCACUAUAAGAAAAUGUUUUCUGAAAUAAAAAAUGGGGGUAACCGACCUUUUUUUAAAGUAAAAUGCGUUCAAAGCCAAAAUAUCGGCCAUCUUGAAUCGUCAUUGUUGCCAUAGCAACAGUGGUGACGUCACUUUUCUGACCAAUUUUCGACUGUUUGAUUGUCGCUGUAUAUAUAAUAUACAAAUUUCGAUUUGUAAAGAGCAUCAUCUCUUCAAAAAGGUGAUCUAGUUUACGCAUUUUCAACAUUUCUAUAAACUGUAGCGAGCCACCUUAAACAAUACAUGGGGAACAAAAUGGGAUGAUGUUUAUGAUGUAUACUCUUAUACUCUUUGAGCUCGCGUCGUCUUUUCUAAAUCUGUCUAUUAUCCAAUGUCUAUUAUCCAAUUAUCCACAUAAUUUAGGUUAAUUAAUAGGCCCUUUCCAAUUGGCCUAAUACACUUCGCCUAAACAAUAUCUGGAGGGCAAAAAACGCUGUGCUUUAUUUUAUCCCUUUGUUUACAAAUCGCACAGUUCUCCAUGAUGCUCUCCAGUCACCUAUUGUUCUCGUACACCAUAGUUAAAGGAUUGCAAUGUCACACCAAGGUAUUGCGGGCUCAAAUUCCCGCUGGGUAGUAGAUCUGGAAACGUUGUAACCCGUCGUAUAUUUAGCCUUUGAGAACACUUCUUUCUUUUAUCUGGAAAUGUACCAAACAAAGUAUUUUUACCGUUAUUUGUUGAUUCUGGGCAAAAUAAAAACAACAAAAGCCCAUGCAAUACCACUAAUCCCUUAAAUGCAAAGAGCUUAUUCAUGGACAUUUAUUACCACCUUUCUUAAAAGACGUCUAUUCAUUUUGUGUUUCACUCAUGAAUGAUUAAUAAGUUUGAGAUAUCUAAUUACAGCACGCCUGAGGAAGACGCAUUUUAUUCAACUCGCUGUAAACUUUUCUUCAAACGAGACAAUGAUUGGUCUGAACUUGGUGUUGGAAUGUUAAGUUUGAAGAAAACGUCAAGUAAGAAGAUGCAAGUAUUAGUACGUAACGACACAGCGUUGGGGAAGAUCAUUCUUAACGUCUUUGUUACUGAAGCAACGCCCACUUCACGAUCAGGAAAGAACAAUAUCUUACUCAUGAGUGUUCCCAACCCCCCAGUAUUUAUUGGUAAGGAAGGUGACAACACAAAACCAGCUAGUUAUCUUAUCCGGGUGAAAACAGCAGAAAAUGCAGAUGAACUUCACAAACAUUUACAAACAGCUAAAGAUUAG